AUGGGGGACCGACGUGCGGACAAGAGGCCCAUGGAGGCGCCGGACCUGGAAGCGGAGCAGCGUCGGGUAAGGGAGCUGCGCGGCAAGGCCAAGAUCUCUGCGAGGGCUCGUCAGGGUAGCCGCGACGAGCGUGCGCCGCGCGGCUACGCCUCGGAGCAGGCAGGGCGCGAGGGGGAUUGGGGUCCUCCUCCCCCUUGGUGGAUCCAGCAACAGGAAAAGAAGAGGAAGAAGAAGGCGGAUCAGCGCCGCCGUGAGCUUGAGCGCAAAUUCAUGGAGCAUCCGAACUGUGGUGGUGGCCAUAGGGAUCCCCUUGCCAAGAGGCCGCGGGCGUGUGCUGAGCCGCUGGCGAUGGCGCUCCCAUCCUCGUCCAAGGGCACGGCAGGCGAGCCCAUCCCAAUGGAAGAUGCCCCGGAGGCCGAAGUGGAAUGCUUCAAGUGCGGGCGCUGGGGACAUUUCCAAUCUAAGUGCACUUUCAACCCACUGUGUGUGCUGUGCAAAGAGGAGGUCCAAGCUUCGGCUCACUGCCCCACCUGGGGCCGCUCCCUCAACCUCCAGAUCUUGGGGAGCGCCAUCUCGGGGGAGGGUUUCUUCUGCUUGCAGUUCGAGGACGAUGCGGAGGUGGAUGCGCUGGUGGAUGCCCGAAUUGAGAAUGCAACCAUUUUGUCGGCAGAGCCCGACAAGCUUUCCCUUCGCAUUCUACAACAGGAGCUCAAGCACAUCGUGGCUGGCGAUUGGGACUGGCAGGUCUCUCAGGUGGGUGACAAUGACUUCCUGGUGGUGUUUCCUUCGGCAUAUCUCUUGCACAUGGCCAAAUCAAGUGGCAAGCUGUUCCUCCCUCGCAACGAUAUCACGGCUAGGGUGCGUGAUAUGUUGCACGAGGAGAUCCAGCCCAUGGUGAUGCCAGAAGCCUGGGUGAGGCUACAUGGGAUCCCGAAGAAACAUCGCAGGGAGGACCGGAUCAAGGAGGGUUUCAAGAUGCUGGGCACACAAAUUGUGGUGGAUGAACUAUCCCUCAUUAGGUUGGGGCCUGUGAGGAUGAAGAUUACUUGCAAAGCCCCGAACAAGCUCAAUGGCGUGGUGGAGGUCUGGUUCAAUCACAAGGGAUAG